GUGAAGAUGCUGCUCUCCUCUGUGCUCGCGUCUCCCGUGCAGCUGCUGCAGCUCUGCAUCACAACUCUGCACUCCUUUUUGGCGAGCGUCUUUUCAAAAGUUUGUAACUGGACCCCCCUUGCCUGCAGGGAAAUAACACCAUCUGUUCCACCUGUUGGCACAAAAGUGGACCAAAGCAAAGUGGAAAAUGCGACGAUUCCAACAAGCGUCAACUAUCAUUUUACGCGCAAGUGUAACUACAAAUGUGGAUUUUGCUUCCACACUGCAAAAACAUCCUUCGUCCUGCCUCUGGAUGAAGCCAAGAGAGGGCUCAAACUCCUAAAGGAAGCAGGGAUGGAAAAGAUCAACUUCUCUGGAGGAGAGCCUUUCCUGCACGAGAAAGGAGAUUUUCUGGGGAAAUUAGUUCAGUUCUGCAAACAGGACCUGAAGCUCCCCAGUGUCAGCAUCGUCAGCAAUGGCAGCAUGAUCAAAGAAAAAUGGUUCCAGAAAUAUGGUGACGAUCUGGACAUCCUGGCCGUCUCCUGUGACAGUUUUGAUGAAGACACCAACCAGCUGAUCGGCAGAGCUCAGGGCAGGAAGAGCCACAUCGACAACCUUCACAAGAUCUGCAGCUGGUGCCAGCAGUACAAAGUGGCUUUCAAAAUCAACUCGGUCAUCAACACCUUCAACGUGGACGAAGACAUGACGGAGAACAUACAGCAGCUCAACCCAGUCCGCUGGAAGGUGUUCCAGUGUCUGCUGAUUGAUGGGGAGAACGCAGGAGAGGCAGCUCUGAGAGAGGCCGAGAGGUUCGUCAUCAGCGAGCAGCAGUUCCUGGACUUUUUGGACAGACACAGCAGCGUCUCCUGCCUUGUUCCGGAGUCCAAUGAGAAGAUGAGGAAUUCCUACCUGAUCCUGGAUGAAUAUAUGCGUUUCCUGGACUGCAGAGAGGGACGGAAGGACCCGUCCAAGUCUGUGCUUGAUGUGGGCGUGAAGGAGGCCAUCCGGUUUAGCGGCUUUGAUGAAAAAAUGUUUCUAAAGAGAGGAGGGAAAUACGUGUGGAGCAAAGCCGACAUGAAGCUGGAGUGGUAGAAACCUGCUCCUGGAUUUUUAUUUUCCAUUUACCUUUGAUGAGUGAUAAGUGCACAGAUUAUUGGAUUUCACAGUUUUUAUCUGUAUUUAUGUGCUGCUUUUAAUAACUUACUGCACUGCUUAAUGUUGUUAAAAAAUAUAUAAUUGUUAAAAUAAAAAGCUUGUUUUUUUUAAUAAAUAGAUAAGUCAUAUAUUUUUUUACUUGCUUUGCAGACGCUUGUGAGCAAAUUGAAUUUAAUAAAAAAAUAUAUUUUUCAUUUAAAAGAGUGUUUUAUUUCAUUUCAGCAUUUUCCAUUUUUAAAAAUGGGGAAAGUAAGUGCUCUACUCACAUAUAAUAUUGAGUUACUUUAUUUAUUAUUUUAUGCUGCUUAAUACUUUUACUUCACUGCAUUUAUUUCAUAGCUUUGGCUAUUAGUUACUUUUCAGAUAUUAGAUAUUAUUAGAAAAUAGAAACAAACUAAGAAAUUGUGAUAUUCUAUUAUUAUGAUUAUGAUUAUUAUUAUUAAAUUGAUUAAAAUUAACAUUAAUGAAUCACUAAUGCAUGUUCUUCUACUUCCAAGAAUUAUUUAUUUUAUUGGGCAAAUAGAUAACUAUAAAAAUAUCCACCAGGAGGCGCUCACAGCCCAACUGUUGUCAUACCAUUUUCUCCUCUUCAUUUUUCAUGUGUUUAGUCUGUUACUUCCAAUGUAUCUAUAAAACCACGAAAACUACAUUUCAGAAUAAAUACAUUUUGUCUUACAGGCAAAUAUAUUUAU